CCUUGGUGGCGUCGUUAAGAGCACCCUCGCCUCGCCUCCUAUCUCCGCUUUCGAAGUUUCCUUCUUCCCUUCGGAUUCGGUUUGGAGGCCAAUAAAGGCUUCGCAAAGUCUCGAAUCGAGAGGCAAUCGAACCGGGGGAGAGUUCGGGAGCGUCUCGAGUCCAUCGUGAUAUAUUUCUUUCCCAAUUCUUGGGGUCUUGUUUCUUCUCCGAUUAUUUUGGGGAACUUGUCAUCAAUUCUGGGGGAUUAGGGUUUCUUUCUUUGAUUCGGGUUGGUUGACUGCGGAAUUAGGGUUUCAGUUUUUGGGGAUCGAAGGGAGAUGAUCAUUAAACGGAGUUUGAGGGGCCAAAUGCCGAGCCUGAAGCGCUGCAAGGCGGAGGAGCCGUCCUUUUCCGACGACGGUGGCGGAGAGGCGGCGGAGGAGAGCCGUCGGAAGCGGCAGAGGGAUGGGGGCGGGUCGUUUCCGCUCGAGGUGCUGGGGGAUCUCUCCGGCGCCGGAAUUCCCUACCUUCCCGAUGGCUUAAGGCACAGGGUUCUUGGCGCCGCCGCCGCGGCCCCCUCUUGGUGCACCGAGGUGUCUUUUUCCGGUGCCAGCGAAGUGGUGUUGGAGGAACGGCGGAAGGGAAGGGACGGGUCAGUGAAGCCUGCAGUCACGCCAGCUCCGGUUGUGCGGACCUCCAGGGGGCGCUCGCAGGCGCUUCCUUCCCGGUUCAGGAACUCGGUUCUCAUUGACCCCUGGAAGAAAGAGAAAUCUAAGUCCAAGGCGUCGGAUUCUGAAUUCUUUUUCGAGGGUAAUCUUCGAGAGGAUAAAAAGAAGAAUCUUAACUAUAAAAGUGCUGCAAUUAGCGCAGCAGUGACCAAUUCAUUCACAUUGUUAGGGGCGGAGUGCUAUCGAUCUUGCAGAAAUUUCAGCACGACCAACUGUUCUACCUCACGAAGUACUCUUACAUCCCUCGAUGACAGCAUGGUGGAAGCGGAAGACAAGUAUCUGCAACAGACUCCCAAUAUGGAGGAAUCAGUGGUUCGUUAUUCUAUUUCGGCAGUUGCUGAGUCAAAUUCACUAAGGGAUACUGUGGAGAGGAGGGAGGACUGUUACUGUCCAGAGGAUUUUGUUUUAGGUGAUAUAGUUUGGGCAAAGUGCGGAAAGAAGAAUCCUGCUUGGCCAGCAAUGGUGAUUGAUCCUCUGCAGCAAGCUCCUGAAAAUGUUCUAAAUUCAUGUGUCCCUGGAGCUCUUUGUGUUAUGUUUUUUGGAUACUCCAGAAAUGGAAGGGCAUAUUCAUGGGUGAAGCAGGGGAUGAUUUUUCCAUUCAUAGACUAUCUAGACAGAUUUCAAGGCCAAACUCAGUUAUAUAAGAACAAACCUAGCAAUUUCCGGAUGGCAAUUGAGGAGGCAUUUUUAGCUGAGCAUGGAUUCUUUGGAGUUCAGUUGGAUUCAGUUAAUACUUGUGGUCGUGUUGCUUUUGAUCAACCUGUUGCUAAAAUAUCCAGUGAGGUUACCGAUUCAAAUCAUGACCAAGAAUGCCAAUCGAAAUUUCAGGCUGUAGACAAAUCAGGCCUGCUUUGUGAAAGUUGUGGGUUAAAACUUCCAUAUGGAAGUGCAAAGAAGAUGAAGCACAUUUCACAGCAGUUGCUUUGUAAACAUUGUGCUAAGCUUUUAAAGUCAAAACAAUAUUGUGGCAUUUGCAAGAAGAUAUGGCAUCACACGGAUGGUGGGAAUUGGGUUUGUUGUGAUGGGUGUCAAGUUUGGGUUCAUGUUGAAUGUGACAAGAAUUGUGGCAACUUAAAGGAUCUGGAGAACACUGAUUAUUUCUGCCCUGAUUGCAAGUCUAGGCGUAAUUUUGGACCACAAGAUACAAUUAAGAAACAUGCCCCAGUUAGGUAUGAUGGUGGCAUUUCCCAAGACAAGCAGCCUGACAAGAUAACUGUGAUAUGUUGUGAUAUGGAAGGAAUAUAUUUGCCAAACGAACAUAUGGUUUUAUGUCAGUGCAGCUCCUGUAAGGCACGGAAACUAACGCUUAAUGAGUGGGAGCGACAUACGGGUUCUAGAAAGAAAUACUGGAAGACUAGUGUUAAAGUCAAGAGUACAAGGCAGCCAUUGGGGAAAUGGCUAGAAUUAUAUAAUCCAUCUUUUGGUGACCAAGCUAAACACUCAUCAGCGGGUAAUAGAAAAGAAAAGAUUCUUAGUUUGUUGCAAGAACCAUAUGAACCGGUUCUUGUUAAAUGGACAACAGAGCGAUGUGCAAUUUGCAGAUGGAUCGAAGAUUGGGAUUACAAUAAAAUCAUCAUAUGCAACAGAUGUCAAAUAGCUGUGCACCAGGAAUGUUAUGGAGCACUUGAUGUACAAAAUUUUACCUCGUGGGUUUGCAGAGCUUGUGAAACACCCCUGCUUAAAAGGGAAUGCUGCCUUUGCCCUGUAGAAGGUGGUGCUCUAAAGCCAACAAAUGUUGAUGAUUCAUUAUGGGUUCAUGUCACGUGUGCUUGGUUUCAGCCAAAGGUAUCUUUUGCCAGUGAUGAAACAAUGGAGCCUGCUACUGGCAUAUUGGAUAUACCACCUCUAUCUUUUAUGAAGGUUUGUGUGAUAUGUAAGCAGAUGCAUGGUGCCUGCACACAAUGCUACACAUGUUCCACUUAUUAUCAUGCAAUGUGUGCAUCAAGAGCUGGAUACAGAAUGGAGUUGCAUUGCUUGGAAAAGAAUGGGAGACAAAUAAUAAAAAUGGUUUCUUAUUGUGCACAUCACAGGUCUCCAGAUCCUGAGACUGUGCUAAUUAUGCAGACCCCUUCAGGGGUUUUCUCUACCAACAGUUUGCUGCAAAAGAUGAAAAAGCAGAGUGGUUCGAGACUAAUUAGGACAGAUAUACCUCAGGAGAUAACCAUGCCUUCUCUGCCUACUCGAUCUUUAUCUGCUUCAAGAUGUUUAAUUUACAACAGAAAAACAACAAAGCAUCAAAGAGAAAAUGGCAUUGCACAUCGAAUUAUGGGGCCUUGUCAUCAUUCUUGGGAUUCCAUUGAAAGUUUAAAUGCACCUAUGGAAGAGAAGAAUCAGAGAUCGUUUUCUACAUUUAGAGAGCGUCUUCGUUACUUACAGUCAACCGAAAAAAGUAGGGUCUGUUUUGGUAAAUCCGGAAUACAUGGAUGGGGCCUCUUUGCUCAUAAAAACCUUCAAGAAGGAGAAAUGGUUAUAGAGUACCGUGGGGAGCAGGUCAGACGCAGUGUCGCAGAUCUACGAGAAGCACGUUAUCAAGUGGAAAAAAAGGAUUGCUAUCUGUUCAAAAUAAGUGAAGAAGUAGUGGUUGAUGCUACAGAUAAAGGAAAUAUAGCUCGCCUCAUAAACCACUCUUGCAUGCCUAACUGCUAUGCAAGGAUAAUGAAUGUUGGUGACGAUCAGAGUCGAGUCGUUCUUAUAGCUAAGAGGAAUGUUUCUGCAGGAGAGGAGUUAACGUAUGAUUAUUUGUUUGAUCCUGAUGAAGCUGAGGAAUGUAAAGUUCCCUGCCUCUGCAAAGCUCCAAACUGUCGGGGAUUUAUGAAUUAGAAAGGCAAUAGUUUGAUCUCUCAGCCUUCAUGAGAAGAAGAAACAUGCAUGUUGAACAAGCGUUUAGGAUCAUCAACUUUUCUUCACCAGAGCUGGCAUGAGAUAAUAAUAGUUGGUUCAACAAGCGUGGCAGUGCAAAUCUUGGAACACAGAAGAGGAAGCAACAGACGACGACGAAUGCGAUGAUGCUGAGAAAUUGAAGCUUUGGGAUCAACGUCUUGCGCAUGAUUGAUGGUGUUGGAACCAUGCAAAACAUAUUCAAGGACGGCCAACAAAGUUAAAAAGAGUUGGCACCACGACAAUACAACAGGAGCUCCCAAGCAACUGUAAUAAGAAAGAGUUGUUCUGAGAGCAAGAUCUUUUUCUGUCAAUUUUUUUUUCCUUGCACAAAGCAAGAUCUCUCUUUUGUUGUUUUUUUUAAUUAUAUGUGUUGACUCUCAUGUAAUCCGAAGCAAACUAUAGUGUAUAUUUCGUUUUCUAAGGGAUUUACUUUGGCAUAGUGCUCUCA